AUGGCUGAGGAGAACAAAGAAAGUUCAUCUGCGGAACUGAAGGAGAAAAUUCGAUUUCUGACUGACGAGAACGACCAUCUACACAUUAAACUGGGUUCCACACAAAGCAGCGUGGCUCACCAUGCUGCCUCCACCCAGGACUUGAGUUCAAGACUGGUGCAGAGUAAGCAGGAAAAAUUGAAGAUCUCUAAAGAUCUUGUGGAAGUGCAAAUCGAAGCCAAUAAAAUGAGAGAGAAAUAUGAGGCAGAGAUAUUUGAACUGCAGAAUAAGGUGUUGUACCAGGAAGGUGCUGUGUCGAAUCUAGAGACGGAGCUUGGCCAGCUGAAGCGUGAAAUCGAGUCAGCAUCAUCACGGUUACAAGUCGCCGAGAGUAAUGAGCGAGCCAUGGCAGAGGAGUAUGCAGCCCUGAAGAGUAACUUCCUGACUGUAAGCAAGGGGCUAGAACGCGAGAUUAAACACUCACAGGAGCUGAACGAUGAACUGCUGAUGUUGGCACAGACACAUGACACACUGCUGCAAGAGAAAGAACGAGAACACAUGCACACACUCGAGCUGGAGAGAAUUAGAGCUCUGCUGAGCAAAGUGCCACACAGCAGAGUCAGGCCAGCAGAACUGAGCCAAGGAUGCAAUGCUAGUGGAGACAGACACACACAUGCUCAAUUUGAGAUGAGGGAGGAGCUGGAAAGCAUGAGAAAGCAUUAUGAAGAACAACAACAGCGACUAGAGGAGAAAAUUGUUGCUAUGAGAAAGGAGCAACAGGAGAAUAAGAGGGCAAUCUGCAACACACAACAGGAGCUUGCACAGCAAUCAGCUGCACAGCUUGUCUCUCAGCACCAGAUAAAAGAGGUGGAGGAUGAAAACUCUAAACUACAAAAUCAACUGAAGGAGCUGAAUCAGGAGUACAGAGCCCGUCUCAUACACUACAUUAAAGACAUUACGGAGUGUGUGCACAAAGAUGAUGAUGCCAAUGUGCAGCUGAAGGAGUAUGUGGAUGCAAUGUUGAAGGAAGUGAGAGUGUCCUAUCACUCCAGAGAGGAGCAGCUGACAAGCGCACUUAAAAACUACCGCAAACGCCUCCACAACCUCAGUAACACACACCACCUACUGCUCAUUGCCUACAGAAUGCAGCGAGAGCAGAUCCUGGUGCACACUGGGCAUGGUCUGGAGGCGGGGCCACCUGAAGCACACUUCAUCUCUGCAGAGGUGGAACUUAGAGGAGAGCCUGAGAAAGAACUACAGAGGCUGAAAGAGGACAAAUCUCGCCUGGAGACACAACAGGUAUCUCUGCUGUCACAGCCCUCUCAGAAUGCAGCUCUCACUGAGGAAGCCUGGGCGGAUGUCAGAAAGCAACUCAAAGAGAUUGCACUUACUGCACAGGAGAUGCAUGAAAAAGAGCGUGUGGAGCUCGUCACCCGGGCAACGGUUGCUGAGCAGCAAGUGAAGGAGCUGCAGGAGUACGUCGAUAAUCACCUGGGCAGAUACAAGCUAGAAGUUACUCGGUUGAGGAGGAUGCUGCAGCUGGAGGUGGGACGAUCACAGAGCACUGAAGCACCUAAGCUCCACCCUCUAUGCCAAUCACUCAAUAAGACCAGCUAUGAGAUAUAAAGACAGUAUAAAUCACA